UUGAAUUUCAGAUGCUUAUGUGUACCGGACGCUAUUGAAUCACAACGGUUUGUGAUCAGCUGUAAAUGGACCAAGUUCAGUGCUGAUGCUGACCUAUUCGCACAAUUCCCACACAACGUCACAAAAACGCUGAAUGUCGAAUGUAGUUCAGAGCAAUCCUCAACGCUUUACGAUGGAAUCUUUUCUGCAUUCACAACUCUUCAAAAUUUACGCAUUCAAAAAUGUGAUGUGCGUUCUUUGUCGAAAGGUAUCUUCCGAGGACUGGUGAAUCUUCGAUCACUUUACCUUGAUCAAAUGGCACAUAACGACCAGCCAUUAACUAUUUCUGAAGGAAUUUUCAAUGAACUCAAUCGACUGGAAAAAAUAGCCAUAACUAACUCACAACUAGGCAACAUUCCAAACAACGCUUUCUGUGCAACACCUAAUCUUCAGGUGAUUAAUGUUUCAUCUAAUUGGCUACAUUCAGCAAACAUUGGAAUAAGCUCGGAAUGCUCAGUUGGACAAUUAUUAAUACUAGAUUUAAGUAAUAACAGAAUCCAAUCGAUUGGAUCAACGGAUUUAUCAGCUCUGGCAGCUAUAAGACAACUAUCGUUAGCAAACAAUCAAAUCGAACAUAUUGAUCGUGAAGCAUUUCAUGCGAACACUCUUUUACAACAUCUUGAUAUCGAGUCAAAUCGUAUUCAAGAAAUGCCUCUCGUCCCAGAAAGCGUCAUUGAUCUGAACGCAGCUAAUAACCGGCUCAGUAUUAUUUCGAACACUAUGGCUAACUUGCCGAAUUUGAUCUCACUGAAUUUGAGUGUGAACAGUAUUGACGCUAGCACACCAUUUCCAAUUGCUGCAUCUGGCCUUGAGAUACUUGAUUUGAGUUUCAAUCGAUUUGAAAAUAUUCCUAUAAGUCUUAUUGACAAUUCGGCUCCUUCUUUGACGCAUUUAAAUAUGCGGUCAAAUCGCAUCGAACAAAUUCCACCAAACACAUUCGACAAUUUCACUCGACUGCAGACGCUCGAUUUAACAUCGAAUCGCAUUUCCGAACUAAUGGAGAAUUGCUUCACAGGCCUCGAAGAACUAACAAAAUUGUACAUCUCAAAUAAUUCAAUUUUUCAAAUUGGAGUGACUUCAUUUGAUCCAAUCGUGCAGCUGACAGAACUUGAUCUGUCACGAAAUGUGUUGUUGGAGGUUCCACUUGCGAUUGGAAGACUUUUCAAAUUGAAACAACUGAUCUUAUCGAGAAAUCAAAUCAGUAAGACAUACAAGUUUCUCUUCAACAAAUUGCCUCAUCUCUAUUUACUCGAUCUCAGUUACAAUAAAAUUGCAUCGAUCGAAUCCUAUGUUUUCUCUGAUCUGGUUCGCUUGAACGAGUUGUCGUUAUCACAUAAUUCAAUCGACCAACUCGCACAAGAUGCAUUCGUUAAAUGCCCAAAAUUGCGACAAAUCGAUUUAUCGUCAAAUUUUUUGACGAGUUUCAAUGGUGCACUCACGAAGGUGCUCAAUUUGAAACGGUUGAAUGUGAGUGCAAAUUUGGUGGAAAUAUUACAAUGGAACGAAUUCCCAAUUGGUGUCACUCACUUGGAUAUUACCAACAACCGUAUCGCAUUAAUUGGAUCGGCAAGCAAUUCUCGAAUUAAGAACGCUCAGCUUCAAAACAAUCGCAUAAUGGUUCUAUCAGCCGAACAGAUUCCGUCGAGUGUCGAACGACUUGAUGUGAGCAAUAACUCGAUUCAAGUCGUUUCAAAUGGAACAUUUAGUGGCAAAUCUCAUCUACGAUCAAUUGAUAUUCGUAAUAAUCGUCUUAAUCGCAUUGAGCACUCAUCAUUCGCAGUUGAUAAUCUUUUAUCAUCAUCGUCAAUUCAUUUAUACGUCGACGGUAAUCCACUUCUAUGCACAUGUGAAAUGGACUGGCUUCGACGGUCAGCCACAUCGGGUAAAUCAGUAAUCGAAAUAGUUGACGAACAGCAAGCAGUCUGUUUACAUCGUCUUGAUAAACGCCAUAUUAUUCUGGCGCAUGUCACUCGAGAUCAAUUCUUGUGCAGUUAUCGACAGGAUUUACCAAUGUACGCAACACAUGUCUACUUGGAACGGAUGAAUCUCGAAAUCAUCAGAAGCCACGACUUCCUCGGCAGGAUGAGACUCAUACAACUUUAUAUUAAUAGCUCAUCCGUUCGCCAAAUACAGCCGCUUGCAUUCAACACACUCUCAUCGUUGCAAUUACUCGAUCUUUCCGGGAACGAAUUAACACAACUGACCGGCGAUGAAAUGUAUCGAACUCAAAAAGUGACACAUCUAUUCCUUAAUGAUAAUCGCAUAUCGAGUUUCGAUGACCGAAUAAAAGAGGUGAUGCCUGCACUACAGCUCAUCACUCUUCACGGCAAUAAACUGCAAGAUCUACCGCCAGUGAUCGAACAAUUCGGAGAACGUUUAGCACGUGUCUCAUUAUCUGCAAAUCCGUAUCGAUGUGAUUGUGGCAAUCGUUUUCGAAUGCAGUCAUGGUUACCACAAAAUGCUGCCAAAGUGAUCGACUCGAACGAUAUACUGUGUGUUGAAAAUAUCACAUGGGCAUUCCGCAACAACGACACAACUGUUCUGAGUGCUUAUCCACCGAAUCAGAAUGACAAUGAUGAUAUCUUCAUAAUGCCCAUGCAAGAGUUCAUCAAUAGUGUUAACACUACAAUUUGUGUGCCAACUGCGAACGGUAUUUUUGGUGGCGAAGGUGCAAGUAAUUCAAUAUUGAUGAUUGUUGUUGCAUUCGCAGUACUCUCGAUGCUCAUCGGUUUUGUGCUCAUUGCAAUAACUCUGCUCAAGAGAACACAUUAUGCAAUGGCACAACGUCGUUAUAAGGCACCACCAUCGUUGAAUUGCUCACAAACAACGCCUGGCUCAACUCCACUACCACUUCUUCAUUUUGAUGCGUUUGUCAGUUAUGCGAAAAAAGACGAAAAGUUUAUCAUUGAAUCACUCUGCAGACAGCUUGAAGCAGAAGACUAUUUGUUGUGUUUGUUGCACAGGGAUGGUCCAUCAUACAAUACACGGUUGCACGCUGUUUCUGAUGAACUCAUCAGUCAAAUGGAAUGUGCACAGUCGUUGAUAUUCGUUUUAACUGAGCAGUUCCUUGAAAAUGAAUGGAAAACCUUACAGAUCAAAACAUCACAUCAAUUGUUCGCCAAAAACCGACACAAGAAAUUGAUCGCUUUACUCGGUGAUGGUAUCGAGCCGAAUCGACUGGAUGCAGAACUAGGACAAAUACUACGAAAGAAUACGUGCAUACGAAUGAAUGAUCCACUAUUCUGGAAUCUUUUACAUUCAGCGUUACCAAUUCGACUAGCACCGUCGUCGUGCAGUGCUGAUUCAUCGCAGAUCUAUUCGGAUUGUUACGGUAGUAUUGUUCCUAGUGAUAUUGUAUAA